AUGGAUAACGCUCUGUCUCGUAUUGCUCUGGCUUCACCGCCGACACUCUUGGAGAUCUUUCUCUACGUCAUUGUUGCAUCCUUUUUGCUCGUCACCAUCUAUCGCUUGACACUUCACCCACUGGCAAAGUACCCUGGGCCCCUUCGCUACAAGAUCUCUGGCUGGCCGUUGGUCUAUCAGUGUUACAAGGGCAAUCGACAUCUCUAUAGUCUGAGAGACCAUGAAAAAUAUGGGCCCAUAGUUCGCACUUCACCCAAUAGUCUAUCAUUCAGCAGCCCAAAGGCUUUGCAUCAGAUAUACGGGUCGCGGGCCAUCAAUGUUCGCAAGUCCAAAUUUUAUGAAACUCUUGAUGCCGGACCAGGAGGCGCUACGACGCAUACCGAGAUCGACAAGGAGCGCCAUGCUGCUCGACGGCGCAUUCUGAAUCAUGCAUUCUCCGAGGCUGCGAUCAGAGAAACCGAGACCUUUGUCAUCGACAAUGUUGGGAAGUUCAUUAAGCUGAUCGGGCCAAAUGACAGCGAGAAUGAUGAAGGCUGGAGUACUCCACGGAAUAUGAGUGAUUGGCUCAACUGGAUGGCCUACGAUAUCAUGGGUAACCUGGUCUUCGGCAAAAGUUACAAUUGUCUUGGAAGCGAAGAGCAUAGAGAAAUGCCUCGUCUGAUGACAGAAGGCACUAAAUUUGGAUACUGGUUCGCCUACCUCCCAUGCGCUCCAGUUCUUCAGCCUUUAGCCAAGACCUCAUUCAUGCAAUGGAUCGGGGGAGACACCGUGCGAGACAACGCCGUCCUUGGUGAAUACGCAAUCUCCCAGUUCGAAGAACGCGCGGCGCUCGAGAAACGAAGGUUAGAAGGAAAGGAAAAGCCCCCCACCCAUAAGGAUCUGAUGCACUAUCUCCUCAACAACUUUGAUCCCAAAACGGGAAUGCGACCCACAACGGAUGAGCUCAAAGGUGAUACCCUUAGCCUCAUUGGAGCAGGCGCCGACACUAUUGCGACCACGCUUUCCGCUGCCUUCUUCUAUCUUGCUCGGAACGAGUCCGUGUUGCGUAGACUGCUGUCGGAAAUCCGGAAUACAUUUGGGUGUCUCGAUGAGAUUCACUCGAGUCCAAAGAUGGAUUCCUGCGUCUAUCUCAACGCAUGUAUCGAGGAAACGCUCCGCCUCGCUCCCGCUGUCGCCUCACAGCUACCCAGGGAAGUCAUGAGAGGUGGGAUCGUGAUCGAUGGAGAGUAUGUCCCCGAAGGCAUUGUCGUUGGGGUUCCAUCUUAUGUGGUUCAUCAUACCAGAGAAGCGUUCCCCCAAUCUUGGAGCUUCCAACCUGAGAGAUGGAUCGCAGGUUCGGAACUUGCUGAUCACAGUACUGUGGUCUCGAAAGAGGAUAUAGCUCGGGCGCGUGAAGCCAUGUGCCCCUUUUCCUUGGGAAGUCGCGGCUGUAUUGGAAAGACGUUUGCGUACAUGGAGAUGCGUAUUGCGCUGGCCUCGGUGCUCUGGUCCUAUGAUUUCAAAGAGGUGGGCGGUCGCGAAAGGAAGGGCGGUGGUGGUCGAGACCUAGAGAUUGGGCGCGAAAGACAAGAUGAGUUCCAGAUCUUUGAUUGCUUCGGCGCUGAUCGAGAUGGGCCUGUGCUGAGGUUUCGGAAGCGUGAGUAA